AUGGAAAUCAAGAAUUGGUUGAAAGUACCUCAGCCUAAGAUCCUUAGUGGUACCAGUGUUGUAAGGAGACGCCCUUUACAAUGCCUCAUCUGGACCUUCCUCGUCGUUCUCUAUAUUCACUAUAUCAACCGCCGUCCGUCAGUUGAUCUAAUCUCUCCAAAACCACCUCCAUUAGAUAACAUCCCGAAUAAGAUAUGGCAGAUCUUCUUCAACUACACUCCCAUCGACUCCUACACCGACUCCAUCCAAACCUGGAUCACCAAAAAUCAAGACUACAAGUACACGCUCGUCUCCGCCGCCGGCGCCAACGCUUUUGCUCUAAAAAAUUAUGCCAAUCGGAGAGAGAUUCUAUACCCGUUCCUCUCACUGCACGUCCCCGUGCUGCGUUCCGACCUCCUUCGCUACAUGCUACUUGAGUCCGAAGGCGGAGUCUACAGCGAUCUUGACACCGCUGCGUUGAAACCUGUCAACGAGUGGAUACCAUUACAUUUGGAAUCCAAAGUGCACGCCGUUGUCGGCAUCGAGUACGACCAAGGAGAGGGAGAAGCAUAUCCCGGGAUGGAAGGUCCAGGCUUGCAAUUCUGCCAGUGGACAAUGGCCGCUAGCCGCGGACAUCCGCUCAUGGCGCGCAUAGUCAACGACGUAGUCGACGCACUGCACGCACUCGCUAUGAAGAACGAGACGACGAUCGCAGAGCUGCAGCCCAGCGACGAAGAAAUGGUUCAACUCAGCGGACCCCCCAUCUGGACGAGAGCGGUUAUGAAGACUCUGUCCGAGGCGACGGGGACUGAGAUGAGUUAUCGGAAUUUUACGGGGAUGAAGGAGCCGAGGUUCUUUGGAGAUGUCAUGGUGUUGCCGGUCAAUGGGUUUGGGACAGGGCAGCUGCAUCCGGGGAGUGUGAGGAAGGGGUCCAAAGACGCUUUUGUGAGACAUGGGUGGAAAGGGAGUUGGAAGCGGGAUUGGAGCGACUAG